UGGCCGGGACAGCCCCACCUCCUUUCUGCUUUCUCUCCCUUCCCUUCCCUUUCUUUUCCCCUUUUUUCCCCCCCUCUCUUCUCCUUUCCACCCCGGCCGCCGCUUUGCACCCGGCUGCUCUUCCACCCCUGCCCGAACCCCCAUGCUGGCAGCGCCGAGCUCUGCCUGCUGCCGGCUUGGUUUUGCUCCACCGGCCACCGAAGCCCGGCGAGCGGCGAGCCGCCGGCAUGGGGCCCGCUGAGGAGCUGGUCCGGAUUGCCAAGAAAUUGGAUAAGAUGGUGGCCAGGAAGAGCACGGAAGGGGUGCUGGAUCUGCUCAAGUCCCUCACCGGCUACACCAUGACCAUCCAGCUGCUGCAGACCACGCGGAUCGGGGUGCCCUGUGCUGGUUUGGGUCGUGCCUGUGACGCCCAAAUCCUUCCCCUAGAGUCCACCACCCCGAAGAAGGAGAAGGACGUGGAUGGGAAGAAGGAGAAGGACACGGACGGGGAGAAGGAGAAGAAGGAGAAGGGGCUGGAUUUUCCCAGCUGCCCCAACGAAGGGGUGAAGCACCCCAAGAGCCGGGCUGAGAAGCACAGGGAGAAGCACAAGGAGAGGAAGCCCAGCAAGUCCGGCUCUCGUGCCUCCACCCCCCGGGGCCACCCUGCCGACUCCGUCCCGGAGAGAGAGUCCAGCGAUGGCCGGAGCCCCACUGCGUCCUCGAAGAAGUCACCUCCAGACAGCAAGAAAGAGAGGAGAGACUCUGCCGACUUGAGGUCUUCCACCACCUCGGCCGUCUCCUCCUCUUCCUCCCCGCAGAAGAGACCGUCAGGGGAGAGGAGAGCCUCUGUGGGCAGCAGCCCCUUGCCAGCUUCCACCGCCUCCCAGAGAAACUCCAGUGACGGCAAGGAGGAAAGGGCCAACAGCAGCAAGGCCAAACCGGAGCGGAGGCGGACCCCCACCAGCCCCCCCUUCUCACCCAGCCCCUGCCUCCUGGCCCCCUGCUAUCUCACGGGGGACUCGGUGCGGGACAAGUGCAUCGAGAUGCUGACGGCCGCCCUCCGCAUGGACGACGACUACAAGGAGUUCGGUGUCAACUGUGAGAAGAUGGCAUCGGAGAUCGAAGACCAUAUCUUCCAGGAGCUGAAGAGCACGGAUAUGAAGUAUCGCAACCGGGUGCGGAGCAGGAUCAGCAACCUGAAGGACCCCAAGAACCCCAGCCUGCGGAGGAACGUGCUGUGUGGGGCCAUCCUGCCCAGCCUCAUCGCUCGCAUGACCGCCGAGGAGAUGGCCAGCGAUGAGCUGAAGGAGCUGAGGAACGCCAUGACCCAGGAGGCCAUCCGGGAGCACCAGAUGGCCAAGACGGGUGGCACCGUCACCGACCUCUUCCAGUGUGGCAAGUGCAAGAAGAAGAACUGCACGUACAACCAGGUGCAGACGCGCAGCGCCGACGAGCCCAUGACGACAUUCGUGCUGUGCAACGAAUGCGGGAAUCGCUGGAAGUUCUGCUGACGGCGCCCGGCGAUGGGGCUGGAGGGGACGCGGUGCGAGAUGGGAUGCUGUGACGGCCACAUCGGGCAGCCGGGGUAGGGAGGGAGGGUGACGGGACGGCGCCGGUCCCUGCAUCCCGGCUCCCUGUUUCCUUGCACCGGGCUCCCUUGAACAUCCCGGGGAGCCGGGCUACGGCAACAGGCGGGUUUGCUCGGGAAGACCCUGGUGAAUUCGAGCGGUUCCUCCCUGUAAAUACCUUUGCUUGGGGUGCGCUGGGAGUCCACUGAGAACAGACACAUCCCUGGAAAGGGAGCCUGGUCUGACCUGGGCAGCUUGCCCUUCCCUGGGGGAAAGCUGGACUUGGAUGAUUUGGGGGGCAGGAGGGACGUUGCCCUGUGGAUGUGGGGCUGUGCCACUGUCCUGGGGGCCGGGGGUGGGAAGGGGGCCAGGUUUUACCCCCAAACACCUUCUUCACCUAAGUGCACAGAGUGGGAGGACACGGAGGGAGACAGGGUGGUUGCAGGGUGGCUGGAUGCCGGAGGGAUCUGUGACACAUGGACUUGGCUCAAGGGAACUGUGUCCCCGGGAAAGAAGAAGGGGUG